AUUGCCCAUCACUAAAUAUAUGUAUGAUCAAUGUUAUAUCAGUAUUUCACUACAAACUUAGCAUUAGUAUUAAAUGAAAGAUAUUCUGACCCUCUACUACAGGGUCAUCAGUUCAGAAGAAAAAGGGUGCCAGAACUAAAGACUUUGAAUUGUAUCUUUGACAUGAUUAAAGUUUUCUACAGACUCUGAGGGGCUACUACCUUCACCUUCACUUUUGGGACAUAAAAAAAGCAUUCUUGAAUGUCACAGCACCUUCUUUUGGAAGUUCUGGGAUGACUGAAAAGUGCCCCCUGGAGUCCAAACUGAACUUGGGGAAACUCCAAGCCUGAGUUAUAACGAUGUGAUUUGAUGGAUGUACGGAAUUGACCUAUUAUACAUCUUAUGAAGGAAUUUUGAUUUUGUUUGACGGAUAUUCAUCAAAUUUGGCAGCAAUGGGGGAAAACUUUGCACAAUGGAAUCUCUUACAACUGUCCUUUAUCGCGGUGUUUCCUGCUUAUUUGGCCUACAUACGGAUUGUGAAUGGUAUGGCCCUGGUGUCUCUCUAUGUGUAUCUGUUUGUGCUGUGUAUGCCAGCCAUGCUGAUUCAGAUGAAACUUGGGGGAUACAAUCAGAAAGGCCUUGUGGGACUGCUCUCUCGACAUCUGCCUAUCAGUAAAGGAGUGGGAGUGGCAUUACUGGUUGACCUUUUCCUGACCUGUUUGUAUGUGGCUCCAUUGGUCUGUCAUUUUGGGAUGUAUGCCAUCAUCUCAAUGAUAGAACAGCCCUAUGUGUGGAGUAGCUGUGAUAACGAGUGGAAUAGUGAAAACUGUGUGGAUAUCCACAAGAAGGAGGUUGCUGGUGUGGCGAGCGAGAGCACAUACACAUUUAACGGAGUGGAUCAGAAGACGAGAGUGACACCAGAAUUAGACUUCUAUCAUGAAGCCUAUCUUCAGCUCACAGACUCGGUCAGUAAUGUCACGGGGUUUCCCAUCUGGACGUUUACAUCACAGCUUCAGAACGUCGGGAUUUCCCUACUUCCUGUCGUUCUAGCGAUUCUCUGGAUCCUCGUUUUUCUAUUCACCGCAUUUGGAGCGCGAGUUGCUGGAUGGAUUUUGUUUGUCCUUGGCGGUACCUUUGUGGGUAUGUUGCUGGCAGUGCUCGGUUACGGUUACAACAGUCUAAGCUCAGAAUACUCCAACAAUUUUCUGAUGAACUUUUACAAUCUGGACUUUAAGGGAUUCCUACAGCCGGUGGACACCAGAGUUCUCAUAAAUACGGUGAACGAGGGAUUUGAUUUGUUAAUGAACUCUCUACCAGUGUGGACGGCUAUACCGGUUACUAUGGGGAAGUUUACCGGAAAAGGAAAAAUUACUCGCAACUUGGGCUGGCUGCUGGUGAUUGUGACAUAUGCCCUCGUCAUACAGAUCCCACAAUUGGCCAUGGCUCCUUACAUCGGCAACCUACUGGAAAAGUCUAAGUCCAGCGACAUCUUCAGGGAGGAUGCAUUAAACGGUAUACAGCUGGUAUUUAACGUGAUGCCGGCAGCCUUUGCUGAGCUCGAAAUCCCUCCUGAAUACGCCAUGUUGUUCUAUCUGUCCCUGUUUAUUUGCGGAUUCAUGUUUUUGUGUGUUGCGAUGUUGACCAUCGUUGACAAUAUCGUAGACAGCCUGACGUCCCGAUUUACUCGCCUGUUUGACAGGAAGCAUUGCUGUACCUUCGUGACGACUUUCUUCCUCAUGGUGGCCCUGAUGUGUUUAGGACUUCUGAUGACAACAAGGGCGGGAUUUUAUUACAUAAUUUUGUUGGACCAGUCGAUCACACGUCUGCGAUUUAUCACCGUUUUCAUUUUGGCAGUCUCUGUCAUCAUUGUGUAUGUAAAACAUACAUUCAGCAUCGUAGAGAGAAUAUUAAUUAGUAUUUGGUGUAUCCUGGCUGCCACGGCAACAGCGGGUUUUUGGUUGUACUCCUUUAUAAUGUACCUGGGUCAGCCACUGCGAUAUGCUGGCCACGAGUAUUCCAAGGUGUUCGAUCUGGUGUCCUGGAUCAUCUCUGCUGUGCCCUACAUAGCCAUUCCUGCUGCUGCCAUGCAUAGCUGUGGUCUGUACGAAGGAAGCUGUAAAGAGAGAAUGAAGUAUAUGUUUUGUGGUAACCAGGAUGAAACACGCGACUACCAGGGGUACUACCCCGCCCCCGAGCCCAGCGCCCCGCCCGCGUACUCCUACAACAGCAACAGCUUUGGACGUAAUGGUUCCAUGCUGUACCCACUGGAAGACACCCACAAGAACAUGUAUGACCCGGAGUUGGAACCGCUGGACACGCGUCUACGCUCGAGUCGUAUUUAGCAAUGAAUGGCUGGUGUGAUUUUCAAAGGCAGAGGUGGAUCUAAAGGAAAAUCUUAGGAGUGUUAACACGUGCUGGCAUUCUUGAAUGUUUUUGAUAUUUGGAACCAGAACAUGCAUGUGUGUGUGUGUGUGUGUGCGGGGAUCUAUCUCAAAGAUUCUUUGGUGGAUCAAAGGAAAAGCACUGACUCAGAGGUUGUGUCUGAAGUUCUCUAGAUCUGCAAACAUUUUCAGCCUUAAUACAAAAAUAAGAGAUCGCACCAGUGGUUCUCUUUCUCAAGAACUCUGAAAUAUGUUCUGUACAUGUUAUUAUCAAACUUAUUGAAAUCUUUUGAACGACAUUGGAACGCAUUAUUGAAAUGCGAUAGACUGAGUUGAAAUUUUCACAUUUCCCUUUUGCAUUUAACCCUCCUCGCCCCUUUUUUAAAAAAGACACCCCCCCCCCCCCCCCCCCCAAAUGCCUUUGACUCGAAAUGUUGUUUCCUGAGUGUGUUUCUCCCACUACUGAAGUCUUUUUUUUUUUUAUCUAGGGUAUAUCAGAAUUACUAAAGGGAAAACAAACAAAAUUUUAGUACAGGCCUAAAUGAAAUUUUAUAAGUGUAACAUACUUCAACACGGACUGUGAAGUAAUCAUUCAGUAGACGUGAUAUGUUUCUGACAAUACUGUGUAUCAUUUUGUUUCGUUACAUGUUCUGUUUUAUUGAUUAAAACAUUUCCUUGUUGAUGUCGAGUUCAAAGAUAGAAACGUACAUCUAAAAUAAUGUAGUAGUAUUUAUUUUGUUUUGUCAGUAUUUUAUUUAAUUUUAUUUGAAAUUUUAAAAUGAAAAAAAAAGUUUUUAUUUUUUGAAAUCAAAAGUAUUGUGUCCUAGUCCAUAAAUACUCCAUGAAGAUAUCAUGUUGGUAUGUCGUACAAGUUAUACACGUGUGUAAAUGUGUUUUUCAAAUACUCACUCAGAUUUUGUAUGUAUUGUGUAGAACAUUUACUGUUAUAGUAUCUUUCAUUCAUUUGCAAAUAACAUGCAUCACAUUUGUACAUUUUGAAAUUUUGAGAAACAAAAAUGCCCAUGUUGUAAAGGCACAUAGUCUUGAUUCAUGUGUAGUGCUGAGUUAAAUUCGUGUGAGUAAUUUUUUAUCCAGAUUUCUAAAGAUUUGAUUGGUUUGAAAUAGGGUAAAGAAUGAAAUAUGUUAAAGUAAUACUAGCUCUAAAUCAGAACAUUAUAUUUUGUUGUAAAAAUGUGUUGUUUAUAAUAGUUUUGUAUAAAACUUUAACCAUAGUCAUUGAUAGAAUUAAAACUAAGGUUAAAGAUUUUAUCACGAUAAAUAUUUCAGGUCCAUUAAAUUAUAUAGAAAUCGAUUUUUGUAUUGACUGCACAUCUUCUUUUCUCAAUUUCUUCUUGCGAAAGAACAGGCUCAAAUCUAUACGGCUCCAAACUUGACUGUUCAUGACUUGUCAUGUUUACAGUGCUGCUGAUGAAAUAAACCGGAAUAGACAGUGUGAUGUCAUAAAUUAAACUUAAAUGGCCAUUCUCUUAGUGGCGGGUAAUUUAAAAUACAUGAUAGAUUAAUACAUGUAUUGAUUUAAUUGUUAAGCAAGGGUUUUUGUUGUUAAAGACUGUCAAUUACGAUAUUGGUAAGUAAUACUUUAUUCAUAAAAGGAACUAUGUGGUUAGGGUUGCCUUUCCCUUUAAUUCUGCUUCAUUCAAAGCCUCUGAAGGUUUUCUAACUCAAAUAUUAAUCACAAAAGUUAAUUAACCUUACUUUUUUUCUGUCAUAAUAGUAAAUCACAAUUUUGCAACAAAAAUUUUUGACACCGAAAUGACAGCUAGUAUUGCUUUAAUCUACUUCGAUGCUGACAUUGCACCUGCCCUUAGCUUUUGUUCCCAUCUGUUGUUUAGAUUGGAGAGAAACUGCAAUCUGUUAUAUUUUUAUCUAAUGCUGUAUUUAACUAUAUAUGUAUUUACUCCAGAAUUGUUUUCAAAUAUAUGAGUGAAUAGAUCUGGAUAAAAUGUUAUUUAGUCAGUUUUGGAGACAAUUUUAUUUUCAGUGUCAUAAAUGACUCCUCGGUGUUAUGAACAUGUUAUUUUAUAUUCGGUUUACUGCAGAAUUCCGAAUUUUCAUUUGGUCGUAUAAUUUUGUUGCCAGUGACAUGCUGUGUGACUUUCAUCGUAAAGAUUGUUAUUCAUAUUUAGGCACGGACUGUCAUAGACAACUAUAUAUGCCAUUGGACAGCAAGGUCUGCUGUGAGCAACUGUGUAAAUGUCGUCAGAAAUCGUACUUACUUAAAAAAAUACUUACAUGUAUUUAUAAUAUAAAUAAAUGUAGAAAAAAGGACAAUUAGUCAAAUCACAGAAUUUCUCAAAACAUGAAAGUUGAUUUUAAAGAGAAAGACAAAGUCUUCAAACCACAGAAUGAUCUCAAAACAUGAAAGUUUUACCCCUCGAGAAUGAAAUGUUUUACCCCUCGAGAAUGAAAUGCUUUUCCCCUCAAGAAUGAGAUUCUGCAGUGUGUUUCUUUUAUAUAUUGUAAAAAGGCGAUGAACAGCUAUGUAAUAUCAUUUGACACCAUUGAUGGCAUCAAUGAUUUUCUAAGAAGUCUCUCAGAGUUUUGAUGUAAUAAAGAUUUAACUUGUAGAU